AUGGCCACAUCCUGGACUAUCCUGGGGCUUCCUCAGCUCCUCGUGCUUCUCCUGAAAGCCUCUGGUGCUGUGGGCCAGGAAGUGGUCCAGCCACAGGCCGUUAUCGAGGUACAAGCAGGAGCGACGCUGAUCCUUGGAUGUUCCGUGAUGGGUGCAACUUUACGGGGACCUGUGAAAUGGUUCUUGGGAGAAGGUCCCGCUCGGAAGCUCAUCUAUGCAGAGAUCGGAUCGUUUGAGCGAGUCCUGAGGACCAACAAGGACUCCAACACGGAUUUCUCCAUCGCCAUCCAAAAUGUUACUCAGGCAGAUGCCGGGACUUACUACUGUGUGAAACAGAGAUUUCCAUGGAUAAAAUUAUUGGAACAUGGGCCUGGGACCCAGGUGGUUGUGAAAGCACCAGCGGGUUUCCCAGCAGAAGAAUGGUUCCAAAGUGGGGAUGAACCUGGAGGCGACCUACUCCCGCAACCCUUCAUUUUCGUUCAUCCUAACAGAGGCAGAGGGCAGGAGCUCACGGUGGUCCAGCCACAGGACGUUGUCGAGGUACGAGCAGGAGCGACGCUGAUCCUCGGAUGUUCCGUGACGGGUACAACUUUACCGGGACCUGUGAAAUGGUUCUUGGGAGAAGGUCCCGCUCGGAAGCUCGUUUAUGCAGAGAUCGGAUCGUUUGAGCGAGUCCUGAGGACCGACAAGGCGUCCAACACAAAUUUCUCCAUCGCCAUCCAAAAUGUCACUUUGGAGGAUGCCGGCACUUACUAUUGUGUGAAGCAGAAGAAAGAUCUCGGGGGUGACAAAGAUGUGAAAACUGGGCCUGGAACUCGGGUGGCUGUGAACCGUCCUGAGGGAUUUCCCAGUCUUGCUUUCUGGAUGGGACUUUUCCUGAGUAAGAUUGUAGUGACUUCCUUCCUCAUUUGCCUUCUCCAGAAGAAAAAACCAUAGAAAGUCACUCCUGGGGGGACUUCCAGUUGACGUCGCAGCGAGACGGCUGUGGAGAACGGGGUUCCGUGCUCCACGUCGAAAUCCGUUCUACAGGGGGCCCGGGGGGGCCCAUCCAAGCCCUGUCGGGGCAGGGAUUAGAAGCCCGAGCAUACUUCUGCCUGGCAGGGGGUGGCAGUUCCUCACCCGACGGGGGAAAUUCAGGGGAUUUCUCAGUGAACGGACAGAGAGGGGUGCACCCCCUCACAAGCUGUCGGGGCUCCGGAUGAACAGUGAAGAAAACAAAGAGAAGCUUAAGA